AGUCAACAAAAAUGUGUGUUUAUGUGUUUGUGUGUUGGUUGGAUUCAGAGCAAUCAAAUGUCAUGAUAAAGAUGGCGCCAGGUUUGGGUCCAGCUUCCCAUAGAGUCCCUGUUUAUCUGAAUCAUUACCACAUGCCCUUCACAUGUGGUCAGAGCAGCUCGUUGAGAAUUGUUAACUUCCACCCGAGGGGACUUCACUGUCAGCCCGGGCCAGACCGCCAGGCAGGCUCCAUCAGCUGCACCGCAUCCAUUACCGCUGGUCUCUGCAAACUGCCUCAAGCAACAAACAACCAAUGGCGCCUUUUGAGAAAUCCAUGGAGAUGAUGCCCUUCAAGCAGAGAAAAUGCCUCAAAACAAGAAAAGAUGAAGUGUGCAGCAUUCGGUCUAAAUUCCCCAACAAAUUGCCCGUAAUUGUUGAACGUUACAUCCGUGAAAAGACUCUUCCCCUGUUGGACAAAACAAAGUUCCUGGUUCCCUCCGAGCUCACUUUGGGUCAGUUCCUCUGCCUGCUCAGGAAUAAGAUUGCCUUGGACUCCACCCAGGCUCUGUUCCUCUUCAUAGCAGAGAAGAGCAUGUCCUGCAUGUCCUCCAGCAUGGGGGAGGUUUAUUCCCACCACAGUGACACUGACGGCUUCCUCUACAUCACCUAUGCCUCGCAGGAGAUGUUCGGAGCACCUCAAGCAGCAGCCAGGCCACCCUGCUGAGCCUGAAGCAGAUGAAAUGAACUUAACCCAGACCGAUGGUGGUGGCACCAACUGGAAAACAAGGACAAACUGAGCCAAGCUGAGUUUUUUGACCAGUUUUUUUGCCCCAAACUGUAUACCAGCCUACCUCAUGAACCUUUCUGGACAUUUAAACACAGCAAAUCCCUCCCCCUUGUCCCAAAUAAAAGCUUCAAUGCAAAAACUUUCACUUUGCUGUAAUGCCAGUUCACUGUAAAACCACCACAACCUUCUGCACGCUACACAAACAGGGUCAAUGUCUUGCUGGUAAUCAGAAUCCUUUUUUAGCACUUAUCUCCCCAUCCUCAUCUCCUUUCUUUGAAUGCCCCUUCAUCCCCGCCUUCCCUUCAGAAUGUGAAUCUGUGGUCCGGACUCUCGAGGCACUCGGUGAAAACAUGAAUGUCAGUUUAAUGCUGCUCUGAUUUGUUCUGCAUCCAGCUGUCAUGUGUAUCAAAAAAAUAAAUUCUCCUUCCUUUUAA